UUCUUACAUUGAAUACAAACACUGUAUGUGUCGUUACCUGAAGGCAGCAGUAGUGUCCACAAUCGUGCGUUCUUGAAAGUGAACAUUUACUGCGGCAGCCUAACGUGUUUCGAAACUUCAAUGUGUAGAGAAGUUUUAAAAAUGUGUUGCGAAAGUUAAAUUUAUUCUGUAUGUCGAAAUUUUACCUACCUCUAGCGACCCACAAAAUGAAUCCUUUUAUAAAGAUGCACUGUGGAUAGACGGACUCGAGAGAAGAGCGUGUUUCACAGCAGAGCUUACGGUAGCCUCCUUGUGAGUUCUGACGUGAGGAAAGAUAUUACACGACCGAUUCCGUAAUAAUGACCGAAGGAAUUGGCCGUUCUGCAGUACAAAGGCGAGGAGGAAUGACAGAGAGAGAUAGCAAGCGCCGGCACUGAGUAGCAAGCACGGAACAGAACUCGUCAGAUGGCAGCGUUCAGCGAAGCGAAUAGAAUGGUGAACAUUCAAAACUUUUUGGUUAUAGUCGUCGUUUGUGUAGCGGUCGCAGAUUACGCUGAAGAGGAAAGCGCAAACACACACGUCUCGCUUGGCGAGUUUGACCUGGAUGAACAAUGUUACAAGACAGCAGAAUCCGAGUGGGCGUUUCGGACAAGGUCAAAUAUUCCUGACGUUCCUGACACUGCACUUCUGAACAAGAUACAGGAAGAACAGGCAUAUGGGGACAAAUUCAGAUCUCUUGUCGAGGAAGUGUCUCCAUAUCAGGAUCAACAGUGGAGUGACCCAAAGCUGAAUGACAAACUACGCAUCUUUCUAAGUGCUGGGGACAUUCUUAUAGACAAGGAGCAAUUUGAUAAGGAAUCGUUGUUCUCAAACAGUUUGCAACAAAUUGCCAGUGAACAUGUCUGCACACAGAAACCUUGUCAUCUGGAUCUGCAAGGUGAGUCAUGAUACAUGUAAAUAUACAGAAAUCCCUUGCCAACCAUGGACUUAAGGAUCUACCGUUUUACAUCCCUGUGCAGUUUUUCAAAUUACAGUAUUUUGUUUUAUGUG